AUGGUGUCAUUCAGGAAUAACGAAACGAAAUUUCUAACAAUUGUAUUAUGCCACUUUGGAUUGUAUCUCUUAGAUUUACAUUUAUUCAAAUUGAGUAGAGCUGAACUGUUGCUUGAUUCCGUUCUUUAUUUUCUAAUCUUUAUAUCGGCAGUCGUGACGAUAUGGACAAAAACAAUUUCGAAUGCACUUGUUUUCUGUCUAAUAAAUGUCGCGCCGCUGAUGGAAACUUUAUUUCAACGCAUAUUCUUUUCACGUAUCUGUUCUUUAUCUGAAAUUCAUCCGUGUGAUGAAAGUAAAAGGAUUAACGCAUUGAAUAUUCGUAUUUAUUAUUUGUCGAUUGUCGAGUUUUUAAGUACAUCUUUGAUCAUUCAACUAGCUAAACAGAAUCAAUGGACUUUCAUUCCGAAAUUUAAAUAUACUCGAUUACCAGCUAUCAAAAGACUUUACAGAAUUUAUGCAUAUCAAUUACCAUUGAUUCACGGAAGUGUUGUUUUCCUAACAAUAUUCUUUCAUUCGUAUUGGAUGUUUCGUAUGAAUCUUGCCUCGUGGAUGACAUCUUUUGGAUUCAGAAGAUCGUUAGAUUCUGAAUUAUACUCUUUUUUCAAUCCUUACAAUAUGAUAAUUUUGAUAGUUUAUCUAUCUCUUCCGAUCGUGGCUGUUCGUCGUGAAUCACAUUGGAUGACCUUUAUCUCGUAUCUGGCGAAUAUUUAUUAUGGGAGUUCGGUCUUGUAUAAAUUGUUCACUUGGUGCAUAAUGGGCAUCAGGUUACCAAGGGUACAAGGACCUGUGUGCUUCGUAAAGAAUCAAAUAGUGUACGAUCCGUUUUUUCAGGUGCUUUUAAUGCUAGGAAUUCUUGCUAUCUUCUUCGUGAUCCUCUUGAUGUUAAACACUAUUCGGUGUCAUAAAAACUACGGGAAAAACUUAGGAUUUUAUUUACGAUAUCGCUCAGUGUCUUCUAGUUUUGAGUUUUCAGGGGACCCAUCGUUUGAGAAGAGUAGCACUGAAAAAUACGUGUAA